AACCAGUCAUUUCAAGCAAGCAAGUGAUAAGAAGCUUGAACCCUUUGAAUAAUACUCUUCAAAUAGUCCGUUUCAGUCAUAUUCAAUGGCAUCACUUCAGUGUAACAAGCCCGCUCAACAUGCCCCAUCCACUGUCUGUCAAAAGACCACCACCGUGACUUGCAACAAGGCCAACAAUGAGCACCACUCUUUCGCUGACAAAAUGAAAGAUAUGACUGGCAAAAUGUAUCACCAUGACAAUCACAAUUAUCAAUCUGCCUGCCAUGGCACCAAAACUCAACAAACAUGCCAUGGCACCAAAACUCAACAAACAUGCCAUGGCACCAAAACUCAACAAUCAUGCCAUGGCACCAAAACUCAACAAACUGCUGCAUGCCAUGGCACCAAAACUCAACAAUCUGCUGCAUGCCAUGGCACCAAAACUCAGCAAUCUGCUGCCAGCCAUGGCACCAAAACUCAACAAACUGCAUGCCAUGGCACAAGUGCAAGUGCUGCACAUGCUGGGGCUUGUGGGAAAAAAAAGGAAGGCAAUUUCAUGCAUAAGAUGCGUGAUCAAAUGAGAAGCAGGAGGAACAGGAACAAGGACGGAAGUUGCAGCUAUAGUAGCGACAGCAGCAGCAGUAGCAGCGAUGAAAGCGACAACGAAAACUGUGGAAGGACCAAGAAGAGAGGGAGCUGCUGAUGAAGUAAGCAGCAUAAAUCAAACAAAUAAGAGGUAGAAGCAAUAUACCCAAUAAGGAACUUCUGUUUCUCAGUGAGUUCUGUAUUUCACUUAAGAAAAAACAGAGGGCUAUGCUGUCUCUGUGUGAGUGUGUGUUUGUGAGGUGUGCUCCAUGAAUAAAUGCUACUCUAAUAGUUUUAUGUAUUUAUCAUUUACCUACUAAUGAGAAAAGGUUAUGAUUGUGACGU